AUUUCACAACAGAGGUGGUUUCUCUAACUGAUACUGAAGCAAGAACUGACAUUGGUCGUGGAACUACUGACUUCAAGGCGGACUUAGGUGUCACAACAAUAUCUUCAAGUGAGACACGGGCACCAACUAAGACAGAGGCGAACUCAACAACAGAGUCUGAUAUAACUGCUACUAGUGUCACAACAGAGGUGGCAUCACCAACUGAUACUGAAGGUACAACAGAGUCUGAUAUAUCUCCUACAAGUGUCACAAUAGUGGCAAUAUCUCCAACUGGUACUGAAGUAACAACAGAGUCAACUGAUAUUGUAGCUUCAACUGUGUUUGAUAUUACUGAUGUUGAUGUUACAACAGAGGCAGUGUCUCUAACUGAUGCGUUACCGACAACAGUGUCUGAUAUAACUGCUACAGAUGUUACAACAGAGGCGGUAUCCCCAACUGAUACUGUAGCGACAACUGAGCCCUCAAUAACUGAGGAUGACGUUACAAUAGAGGCAUUGUCUUCAACUGCUACUGAAUCCACGACUGAAUCUCAUUUCACAACAGAGGCAGUAUCUCUAACUGAUGCUGAAACACCUAGUGAUGUAACAACUGCUGGAGCAGCAACUCAUACUAGAACAACUGUGUCUCCAACUGAUAUUGUGACACCAACUGAGUCUGAUAUUACUAAGGCUGAUGCUACAACAGAGGCAGUAACUUCAACUGAUACUGUAACAACAGCUGAG